GAGCCAAUCUCAGAAGGACAGAUGUGUCAUUUGCUUUUUCAUUUGUGGUUCCUAGAUUUUAUAGUCACAUAAAUUCGUCUCUAUGUCGUGAAAGCAGAAGCGAAACUGUCUAGGAGACCAAGGGACUAACAGGAAAUGGGGGAUGGGCAAAAGGGGAGACUAUGGCCAACAUAGUGUAUACAUGUACAGAACUUUGCACAGCCUUAGCCAGUGUCAUUCCGACUACUCAGCCAGCCGGCUUGCUGCUACCUCCUCCUAUCUAUGUCCUGUUUCAGGAAAGCAGGAAGUGUAAAAGGCUCUACCCUCCAGCUCUGUUGCCCUCUGCCUGCCACAGACCCCAGAGUAGGGGCUUGGGAGCGAGGUGCCUCGUGAGGAUCUCGGGAUUUGUUUCUGAUAAGAUGUAUUAAAGAAGAGAAAGAAAAGCACGGCUGUCCGGGGAAGCAGGCUGCAGUGUGGGACAGGUCUGGGGAGGGCAGUGUUAUGACCCUUCAUUUGUCUCUCUGAGCAACAGCACCUGAAUCUGAGGUUUCUGAGGCCAGCCUAAGUUACAGAGCAAGAUCUGGAGUCAAAAAGGCAAGAAAGAUCCAGUGUCCGAACAGGUUACUGCUCUCCUUCCCCUGGAUAAGCAUGGAUUUCCAGAAUUGUCUUUAUGCUAUUGCUGAACAACUGGGCAGUGAAGAACUGGCUGCCCUCAAGUUCCUGUGCUUGGAUUACAUCCCCCAGAGGAAGCAGGAGUCCAUCAAGGAUACGUUGAUGCUAUUUCAGAGGCUGCAGGAGAAGGGGAUGCUGGAGGAAAGCAAUCUGUCUUUCUUGAAGGAGCUGCUUUUCCUCAUCAGUCGGUGGGACCUGCUGAUUAACAUCCUAGACAGCAGCCGAGAGGAGAUGGUGAGGGAGCUGCAGGUUCUAGGCAAUGCCCAGGUUUCUGCCUACAGGGUCAUGCUCUUUAAGCUCUCAGAAGAAAUGAGCAAGUCGGAUUUGAGAUCUUUUCAGUUCUUUUUGAAUGAUGAUAUCCCCAAAUGUAAGAUGGAAGAUCACUUGAGCCUGCUGGAGGUUUUCGUAGAAAUGGAGAAGAGGGCCAUGCUGGCAGAAAAUAAAUUGGAAACCCUAAAAUCAAUCUGUGGCCAGGUCAACAGGAGCCUGCUGGGGAAGAUCGAGGAUUACGAAAGAUCAAGCACAGAGAGAAGAAUGAGCCUUGAAGGAAGGGAAGAAUUGUCAGUUUCAGUUUUGGAUGAGGAGAUAUGCCUCAAAAUGCAGGAAAUGUGUGACUCACCAAGAGAACAAGACAGUGAGUCACAGAUUUCAGACAAAGUUUAUCAAAUGAAAAACAAACCUCGGGGAUUCUGCCUGAUCUUCAACAAUUAUGAUUUCAGCAAGGCCCGGAAGGACAUACCUCACCUCAGCAAGAUGAAGGACCGAAAAGGAACAGACCAUGACAAAGAGGCUCUGAGUAAGACCUUUAAGGAGCUUCAUUUUGAGAUAGUACCUUACAAUAACUGCACAGCAGAUCAAAUCCAUGAGGUUCUAAGAUUCUACCAAAGCAGAGACCACAAGAACAAAGACUGCUUCAUCUGCUGUAUCCUAUCCCACGGAGACAAGGGCAUCGUCUAUGGAACAGAUGGGAAGGAAGCCUCCAUCUAUGAGUUGACAUCUUACUUCACUGGCUCAAAGUGCCCUUCCCUGGCUGGCAAACCCAAAAUCUUUUUCAUUCAGGCUUGCCAAGGAAAUAACUUCCAGAAAGGAGUGCCUGAUGAGGCUGACUUAGAACAGCCGCACAGUACUUUAGACGUGGAUUCCUCAUCUCACAAGAACUAUAUUCCGGACGAGGCAGACUUUCUGCUGGGAAUGGCUACUGUGGCAAACUGUGUUUCCUACCGAGAUCCCACGCAUGGAACCUGGUAUAUCCAGUCACUCUGCCAGAGCCUGAGUAAAAGAUGUCCUCAAGGCGACGACAUUCUCAGCAUCCUGACUGGUGUGAACUAUGAAGUGAGCACUAAAGACGACAGGAGGAACAAGGCAAAGCAGAUGCCACAGCCCACCUUCACACUACGGAAGAAGCUCUUCUUCCCUCCCAACUGAUGUGCGCGCUCCACACUUCACAUGGGCUAUCUGUGUACUUUUGUGUGGAGGAGAAACUCUAAUUUAUUUUUUAUGAUUUUUUUUGAGUUUUUGAGUUUACACAUAUUUCUCCAUUUCCUCUCUUCAAAUCCUUCUAUGUAAUCUUCCAAUUUCAAAUACAUGACCUCUUUUGUCAUUAAUUGUAUACACACACACACAUACACACACAUACACACACUUCUAAAUAUAACCUACCCAGUUUGUAUACUGUCACUUGGAUGUCCAUUUUGUUUUGCUUUUUUAAAAUGGAGUGGCCUCUGGUAGGCCAAUCACACUCCAAGUCAGGCCCCUCUCCCAAGAAUAGUUGGACAACACA